UCAUUAAAAUUUAAAUACAACACUAAUGAAUUUAUUGUAGUUUUAGCUGGUCAUCUUUGCCUGAACAUCCCUAUCUGACUGAAUUCUAGAUGCUGUGAUUCCAAUAACUUGCUUCAUAUUAUUGUGCCUAUUUGCUCUUCAACAUUAUGGUAUGCACCGAGUUAGAUUCUUCUUUGCACCAAUUGUGUUGACGUGGUUGCUAUGCAUCAGUACCCUUGGAUUGUAUAAUAUAUUUCGCUGGAACCCACAUGUUUAUCAAGCUCUUUCCCCAUAUUACUUGUUCAUGUUCUUGAAGAAGACAAGGAUAAGUGGAUGGAUGUCUUUAGGUGGAAUAUUACUAUGCAUAACAUGUAAAAUAAGAGAACACACAUAAUAUUUUGAGUCAUUUUUCUUAGGAAAGAAAACAGAGCUCUUUGUAUUGUUUUUUUUUUUUUUUUUGCAUGUUUGAUAAGUUAUGAAUGAACUUUAUUAAGACAUAAGUUGUUGUCAGAUUUUUAUGUGUUAUUACAUGCAACUAAUGAAUCCAUGUGCUUUUGCAGGCUCAGAGGCUAUGUUGGCUGAUCUUGGACACUUCUCAUAUGCGGCCAUUCAGAUUGCUUUCACCUUUCUGGUUUAUCCAGCACUUAUUUUGGCAUACAUGGGCCAAGCUGCUUAUUUAUCACAUCAUCACCACUCCAAACAUAGUAUCAAUUUUUAUGUCUCAGUUCCUGAAUGCGUAAGGUGGCCAGUUCUUGUUGUAGCUAUUCUUGCUUCAGUUGUUGGAAGCCAAGCAAUCAUCAGUGGAACAUUUUCUAUCAUAAACCUAAGCCAGUCAAUUGGUUGCUUCCCAAGAGUCAAGGUCGUUCACACUUCUGACAAGAUUCAUGGUCAGAUAUAUAUUCCAGAGAUCAAUUGGAUUCUCAUGAUCCUUUGCAUUGCUGUAACAAUUGGAUUUAGAGACACUAAACACAUGGGAAAUGCAUCAGGUAACUUGUACAUCUUCACUAGUCUCGUACUGAAAAUAGUUAAAUUUAUUUUCUUACCUCUGAUAACUUUAUCUGGGCCCAAGGAGUCCAUUGUUAUUGUGCAGCUAAGAGAAGAAAAAUAUUACUACUCUAGUUUCAAGUUGGGGCAGCACCCACUCGUGUUGGUUAGUCAAUCUGUGAGAAGCAAUUUGCAAUUUAGGGAAUCUUGUGGGGAGUUACAAAAUAGAGUUGCUGAACUAGAAGAGAUUAAUUGCAAACUAGCGAUUCUCAAAGCUCAUAGAGAUGCCGCAAAAGUGGCAGGCUUUCCUGUCUUAAAUUUAGGGAGCAAGCAUAUUAGUAGUGACAAAGUCAGAGAUAAAGUAAAAGAUAUACAAGAUAUGGAGACUGCUCUUAAAGAAUUGAUGGAUCAUGCUUCUUGCCGGCUUAAAGAAAUAAAAGGUCUUCAUGAAGAGAGAGUACAUAUAUUGCAGCAGUUAUCUAAUUUGCCGAGCAAAGUGAAGAAUGUAGCAUGUAUUUCCUCUUCCCAAGCCUACCUCUUAGUGAGAGAUCAAAUUGAAGAAUCAAAACCUGAAGUUAUUGAGUAUCAGGCUUCGUAUGAGAAACUUCAGGUUGUAACUGAUGUUCAUUCUUUGAGGGCUGAUGUGCAAUCUCUUUAUAGCAUUCUUGACAGGAAGGUGAAAGAGUGUGAAACUCUAUUCGUUAGAUUCACUGGUCAGGCUGCUGAGAUACAGAAAUUGCAAAUCGUGUUGCGCAAAAAAUCUGCCAAGUCAUGA